CCUCUGCCCUCGGUCCUGACCAGAGAGGGGAAAGUCAAAGACCUCAACUUGAAGAAUUGAAGACACAGAAAGAAAAAGCAGGGGAGCAAAAAAACUGAAAGAAAAAAACAAAAAAAUCAUAAGAUAACGAGGAAGAAAAAAAAGUGCUAAUCAAAAUGUCCCCUCCCCAACAAGCUCCGGGCAGCCCAUCUCCGGGUCCUCCGUCACACCCAACUCAGGAAGAAACCCCACAUCAGGUCCAGGAUCCCAAGGAACAGGGAGAGAUCAGUGACCAGGAAGAGUCGGACAAGGCACCAGAGUCGGAGCUAGAGUCGAGGUCGAGGUCGAGGUCCGCCACACCAACCUCGGAACAAGGACAAGGAUCAGAAUCAGGAUCAGCACAGGAGCAGUCCAAGGAAGAUGCCGAAUCACAACCAGAAGAUGAACAACAACAACCUCCCCUACCGGACGAAGAAGCGCCGCCGCUCCCCGACGAGGCCGCCCCCGGAGACGACGAUGGCUGGCAACCCGUCUGGGACCCCUCCGCCCAAGCCUACUACUUCUACAAUCGCUUCACGGGCGUCUCGCAAUGGGAGAACCCGCGCGUGCCCUCGGAGCCGCAGCCCGGCGUAGACGACGCCGUCGAGCCGUCUUCCUCCGCUGCCAAGAAGGCCCCUGUCAUUGGGGGGUAUAAUCCCGCGAUCCAUGGGGACUACGAUCCGACGGCCCCGUAUGCGCAGCAGUAUGAGCCCGAGGACCCGGCGGCGGCGGGUGCGGCGGACCCGGCGCAGUCGUAUGAGAUGACCGGGGCGUUCAAUCGGUUUACGGGGCGGUGGCAGUCCGACGCGCAGAACCCGGAGCAGCACAAUGAUGAGAAUAAGUCGCGACGGCAGAUGUAUGCAUUCUUUGAUGUGGAUGCGGCGGCCAACACGCACGACGGGCGGAGUCUGCGGGCGGAGCGGAGUGCGAAGAAGCUGAGCAAGAAAGAACUGAAGAUGUUCAAGGAGAAGCGGCGGGAGAAGAAGGAGGAGAAGCGACGCGCCUGGCUGAGGGAUUGAUUUUAUUCGUUCGGGACUGACUAGGAGGAAUGGUCGUUUAUUACUUGUGAUUAUGAUACCUCUUGCGUUUUGGCGUUUGUACUGUAUUCAGUUGCAUAUAGACCGUGACUAGCUGGGCUUGUAUAUGUAUCAUACCUGAUUAUCCAUUAUUUCGAGACUGACGUGCUUGCGUCCAGCUAGUGGAGAAUGCAAUCCUAU